CAGCAGCAACAGCAACAGCAGCAACAGCAACAUCAACAACGGCAACAGCGACAACAGCAACAUAGGCAUUUAAUGCCUAGUUUUGUGCCCUUCAAUUUUGGCAAAUGCGCAAACAAUUUAAUCAGCUGCCUAGAGAGCAAUGCAGCUUUUGCGCACAAGCAAGCGGCAAACUUAAAUACUAUGAAGCAACAGCAGCAGCAACAGCAGCAACAGCAGCAGCAGCAGCAGCAGCAACUGCAGCAGCAGCAGCAGCAACAGCAACAGCAACAGCAUCAUCAGCAGCAGCAACAGCAACAACAGCAGCAGCAACAGCAGCAGCAGCAGCAGCAGCUGCAACAGCAACAUCAGCAACAGCACCAGCAACAGCAACUGCAACAGCAGCAACAGCAGCAGCAGCAACAGCAGCAACAGAAACAGCAGCAGCAGCAACACCAGCAGCUGCAACAGCAGCAGCAUCAGCAGCAACAGCAGCAGCAACAGCAGCAACAGCAGCAGCAACAGCAACUGCAGCAGCAGCAACAGCCUCCCCAGCUGCCCCCGCAAGAUCCCUACAGUCUUACGGACGGCUUUAAUUAUGUGAAGCUGGCCAAGCUUAUGGCCAAAAAGAUUAUGGAAUCACCGGAGAUCGCGCCCAAAUCGCCGGUCGCCAGCAAAUCGAAUCCGACCUCAAAGACGACAGGCUAACGAGCAAUCAAUGUCAAGAUUUCGAUGCGAAUCUGAAGUAUAUAACUGAGAGACUGUUGGCUGAUUUGUCGGAGAUCUUGAAGGCCAAACA